CCGUGCACAUGUGUGGAUGUGUGUGAGUCUUUCAGAACGAAAGAAAAAAAAGAGGAGGGAAUGAAACUUUGAUCUGUCCCAGCUUUGCUUAUAUUACUUCGUGACAUUUGUGAGGAAGGCAGAAUGAGAGAGAGGGAGGGAGAGAUUGGGAAAGAGAGAGAGAAAGAGAAUGUCUGAGCUAUAGAAAAUACUCUUUAUAUAGUCACAAAGUUGGAAGAAAGUUACCACCGCUUUCAUUUGGAUUCAUCCAACUUACUGCCGGAGUGUGUGUGUGUGUGUAUGUGGAGUGUGACAACUAGAGUUUACAAUGCCGUCUUUUGAUGAGGUUUUAAAACAGGCUGGAGACUUUGGAAAGUUUCAAAAGAAGGUCUUCUUCCUCCUCUGCCAGACUGGCAUUACCUUCUCCUUUCUAUUUGUUGGGAUUGUAUUUCUGGGACGAGACCCUGAGCAAUAUUGGUGCCGGAUACCUUUUGUAUCUGAACUGAAGAAGCCAUGUGAAUGGACGCUUGAAGAGGAAUACAACAUCACCAUUCAAGCCUCAAGCCUGUUGAACUCUUCGCAAUGUGAGAGGCAUGACACAAAGUGGAAUAACACCCGGCAUAAUUGUAUGUAUCCACUGGCUCAACUUACCAACAACUUUUCUGGCGAGUCAUUUACUACAUGCCAGGAUGGCUGGUUAUUCAAAAAACCUCACUCAACUAUUGCCAGUGAGUAUGACCUUGUCUGUGAGAACAAGUGGAUAAUAGACAUGACUCAGUCUAUACUCAAUAUGGGAUUUCUGGUAGGAGGGUUUGUUCUGGGAUACGCUGCAGACAGAUUUGGCAGAAUCACCAUUUAUCUCUUUUCUUCCUUUGGGGCAGGACUAUGUGGCCUAAUAGUAGCUUUUGCACCAAACAUUAUUGUAUUUUCAAUAUUUCGCUUUCUACAAGGGAUCUUUGGAAAGGGAACCUGGAUGACAAGCUUUGUACUGGUAACAGAGCUGGUUGGUUCAGAUCACCGACGGGUCGUUGGAAUUGUAAUACAGAUGUUCUUCACGCUCGGAGUUGUGAUUCUUCCUGGAAUUGCUUAUGUGAUUCCCACAUGGCAGGGGAUUCAACUAGUUACCACACUUCCCAACUUUCUUUUCCUGUUAUAUUACUGGGUGGUCCCUGAAUCUCCACGGUGGCUGAUCACUCGCAAAAAAGCCAAGAAGGCCCUGAACAUUAUGCAGUCCGUUGCCAAGGAAAAUGGACAAAGCCUUCCAGUGCAUUUUUCGGAGAUCACGGUCUCUGAUGAAGAAGUGAGUAACCCUUCUGUGUUUGAUCUGGUUAGAACUCCGCGGAUGAGAAAAUUCACUUUGAUUCUUAUGUAUGCCUGGUUCACCAGUGCAGUAGUUUAUCAAGGGCUUGUGUUGCGCCUGGGACUCAUAGAAGGGAAUCUGUAUUUAGAGUUCUUCAUCUCUGCGGUGAUAGAAUUGCCUUCAGCUUUCUUAAUCUUAGCCACCAUUGACCGACUUGGCCGGCGUCCUCUCUUUGCCUCAGGAACCCUUGUGGCAGGGGCCGCGUGUUUAAUCACAGCAUUCUUACCAAAAGAUAUACCAUGGUUAAGUACAGCAGUAGCUAUCUUGGCAAGAUUGGGAAUCACCAUCACUUUUGAACUUGUGUAUCUUGUGAAUAGUGAACUGUAUCCUACAGUUUUCAGAAACUUUGGUGUCUCACUAUGUUCAGGAAUGUGCGACAUAGGGGGCACGGUAGCCCCGUUUCUGCUCUACCGAUUAGCAGCCAUCUGGUCAGAGCUUCCUCUGAUUGUCUAUUGCAUACUUUCUCUUCUCUGUGGGACUCUGGUGCUACUCUUACCUGAGACCAAGGGGCAGCCCUUACCAGAGACAGUAGAAGAUGUGGAGAAAAUGUUAAGUUUCAAUGUCUUUUGUGAAAAAAACAAGCAGCAAAAUUCCAGCAAAGAAGUUUGAUCUUUGGUUAAUAUUGCAAAACCUCAUGAGCAACCUGGUUUUCAAAUUCACAGCUGCUGGACACCAUCUUCGUGUUGGAGGAGAUGAAUUCAAUGAUGUCAUAAGCCCUAAAAGAACCUUCUUAUAAAGUAAACAUAGAAUUUUUCUUUGGGGUAAAUAUGAACAUAUUUUCAAAACCUGUUGUUUCCAAAUAGGGAACUAUUAUAUGCGGCUCUCAUGGAAGAGUAAUCACUUUCAUUAAAUAUUUUGUUUUAUA